AUGAAUAGUUUACUUAUUUCGCUAACGCACUUUUGUGACAAACAUGGGCCCAAGGUGCUGCUAGUCACGCAAUGCGCAAAAACCUUGUCAGAGUGCGAAAAGUUGUUGUUACCUAAUUAUCCUACAGACUCUUAUUGUGAGUCCUGUCUUAUAUUAAUACCAGAGGAGAAUGAUAUCAAGUCAAUGAGAAGUGUCAUUGGGGAAUGCUACUAUGUUUCAACUCAUUAUUCAACGGUUCGCUUCCAGUUUUUGGCUUCACUGAUAAAAAAGAUAUUUAGUGAAGAAACUGUAAGUUACGAUGGCUCACCAUUAUUAUUUUUUGAUGAAAUCAGGGGUUUGAACCUGUCGGUUGGUUUUAAGCUGGAAGACCCCCAUGCAAGAGGUAAUGAGAGACGUUACUGCUUGGUAUUAACCAUUGAUAUCAGGGAUCAAAUUCAGGCUAUGGAUGUUGUAUCUAGAAAUUGGAAGUUUAUUUUAGGGGCAUUUAGCAAUAUGAUUGAAUUUAUAAAACAGGAACGAAGAGCCGAGAUGAAAAGAACUCUAAAGCAUAACCAGAUACUGGGCACCUCAAACUUUUCAUCUAUGGUUAGCGGGACUUACUUACGGGGAAAUAAUUUGAAAAUACCGAAAAAUAUCUCUAAUUUAACAAAUGACAAGCUUUUAUUUGUCAGGCUACACAAAUGGAAUUCAUUCAUCUUGGAUAGGUUGGGUAAACAAGCUUGUUGA